AUGCAGGAGAAGGAUCGGGAGGUCCAGAUUCUGAAGGAGCUGGACGGGCACCCGAACAUCGUGACUUUGCACGGUGCAUUCCUCAGCGACGAGGGCACCACGACGAACGGUGGCACCAGGCUCAAUCUGGUGCUGGAGUAUCUUUCUGACACGUUGCACCGAGUGAUCAAGCACUACAACACGACAAACAGCAAGAUGGAUGCUUUCUACGUGAAGCUCUACCAGUUUCAGCUCAUGCGAGGCCUUGCCUUCGUCCAUGGUCGUGGCAUCGCACAUUGCGACUUGAAGCCGCAGAACCUGCUGCUGGAUGGUAAAUCGCAGACCCUAAAGAUCUGCGAUUUCGGCACCGCGAAGCGCAUGGUUUUCGGCGAACAGGGGAGAGCUUAUAUGGUCUCUCGGUACUACCGUGCUCCCGAGCUGAUUCUGGGAGCCACCCAGUUCAGCACAAGCGUGGACCUUUGGUCUGCGGGAUGCGUAUUUGCAGAGCUGAUCCUGGGUCAGCCGCUGUUCACGGGCAAAGAUGGCAUCGAUCAGCUCGUGCAGAUCGUUAAAGUUCUUGGCACUCCGUCAACGCAGCAGUUGCGCUGCCGCCUUGGUACAGUGUUGGUCAGUAGUGAAUGUGAUGCAGAAAGUUCACAAUAUUUAUCGAAGAUAUACGAAGAUCUGCGAAGUACCUAA